UCAAAAAAAAAAAAGCUCUCCCUCUCUCUCUCUCUCCCCCUCUCCCCUCAAAUUCUUUCAUCCUCGCCAAAACCAAAUUCACUACGUCAUUCCUCCAUUUCCAUCAAUCAUCACCGUCGCAGAUUCGAAGCAAUGGCGAAUCGGAAGAUUCAACUGCGGCAAUCAACAAUCCCGUUCUCUCCGUAGAUAGAAUCUUUCUUGCCCCUUGCUGUCUCUGUCUUCCAAUCGAAUCCCUCAGUUCUCUCGCUCCGAAGCUUCUUUUUCCGGAAGGGAAAUGUCGAGGCUGUGGAAAUGGUACCAGAACUGCCUGAGGGAUCACCCCGUGAAGACGCAGGUUGUCAGCUCCGGCCUGAUUUGGGCUGUCGGCGACGUGGCCGCCCAGACCGUUACCCACACCACUGCCAAGCGGCACAAGCUCGAGGACGAAAAUAAGGAAUUAAAGAUCAAUUGGAGAAGAGUGGCUACUACCAGCUUGUUUGGGUUUGGAUUUGUUGGACCCGUGGGCCAUUAUUGGUAUGAAGGUUUGGACCGGUUAAUACGGUUGCGGUUUCAAAUGCACCCAAACUCCUCGCGGUUUGUUGCCUCCAAAGUAGCAAUUGAUGGGUUCAUAUUUGGGCCAUUGGAUUUACUUGUAUUUUUCACUUAUAUGGGCUUUUCCACCGGAAAGAGUGUUCCGCAAAUUAAAGAAGAUGUGAAGAGAGACUUUAUUCCUGCCUUCAUUUUCGAAGGAGCCAUAUGGCCAAUCGUCCAAGUUGCAAAUUUCCGAUACAUACCUGUCAGGUACCAACUCUUGUAUGUGAACACCUUCUGCUUGUUAGAUAGCUGUUUCUUGUCGUGGAUUGAGCAACAAGAGGAUGCUCCGUGGAAGAAGUGGUUGUCUUCUUUGGUACCCUUGAAUGAUAAGAAAGGCCAUGGUGAAUGAUAUCCGUAAAAGACAGCGGAUCAUCUUCCAUGUUUAACCGGCUCCAGAUAUAUAGCCAAACCUAUACAUGUCUGGACAAGGUAAAUUGUGGAGGAGUCUGAUUAAUGCCCACUACAGUUUUUGAAAUUGGGAAAAUUCGAGGGCGCUGGGAGGGGUGAGAUGAGAUUUGUAGUCUUCGGUUGUUUUGAUAUUUCAUUUUUGAAUGAAUAGGAAGGGACAUUCGUGUUCUUUACAUUGUCAUUCCGAUUUCAAAGUGAAGAUCAUUGCUGCUCUUGGUAGCACCUUUAGUGAACUCGGUGUAAGUUUCAUUCGUGGAUAAGAAUUCAAUCUUACUGGAUAAAAGUUCAGUAGGAAGUGGAGAGAAUUUCUGAUGGAAUUCAAUGUAAUGAGCAUUUUUAGCGUUUAUUGCCGACUUAUGCGACAAAGUGAAUGGAAAGAGCUCUGUCUCAGUCACCUGGUCUUUUCUUA